GGCCUACCUGUGCAAAGCCCGGGAUUAACUCCAAUUUUCUUACUAACAGAGCCCCACAUUCGAGCCCCGUGGGAUCCGGAGGCCGCCAACCAGCGCCAGCAUGCAGAACAGUCACAGCGGAGUGAAUCAGCUUGGUGGUGUCUUUGUCAACGGGCGGCCACUGCCGGACUCCACCAGGCAGAAGAUCGUAGAGCUAGCUCACAGCGGGGCCCGGCCGUGCGACAUAUCCCGAAUUCUGCAGACCCAUGCAGAUGCAAAAGUCCAAGUGCUGGACAAUGAAAACGUGUCCAACGGAUGUGUGAGUAAAAUUCUGGGCAGGUAUUACGAGACUGGCUCCAUCAGACCCAGGGCAAUCGGAGGUAGUAAGCCAAGAGUAGCGACUCCAGAAGUUGUAAGCAAAAUAGCCCAGUAUAAACGGGAGUGCCCGUCCAUCUUUGCUUGGGAAAUCCGAGACAGAUUAUUAUCCGAGGGGGUCUGUACCAACGAUAACAUACCCAGUGUGUCAUCAAUAAACAGAGUUCUUCGCAACCUGGCUAGCGAAAAGCAACAGAUGGGCGCAGACGGCAUGUAUGAUAAACUAAGGAUGUUGAACGGGCAGACCGGAAGCUGGGGCACCCGCCCUGGUUGGUAUCCCGGGACUUCAGUACCAGGGCAACCUACACAAGAUGGCUGCCAGCAACAGGAAGGAGGUGGGGAGAACACCAACUCCAUCAGUUCGAAUGGAGAAGACUCGGAUGAGGCUCAAAUGCGACUUCAGCUGAAGCGGAAGCUACAAAGAAAUAGAACAUCUUUUACCCAAGAGCAGAUUGAGGCUCUGGAGAAAGAGUUUGAGAGGACCCAUUAUCCAGAUGUGUUUGCCCGGGAAAGACUAGCAGCCAAAAUAGAUCUACCAGAAGCAAGAAUACAGGUAUGGUUUUCUAAUCGAAGGGCCAAAUGGAGAAGAGAAGAAAAAUUGAGGAACCAGAGGAGACAGGCGAGCAACACCCCUAGUCAUAUUCCCAUCAGCAGCAGUUUUAGCACCAGUGUCUAUCAGCCAAUCCCGCAGCCCACCACACCUGUUUCUUCCUUCACAUCAGGCUCCAUGUUAGGCCGAACAGACACCGCCCUCACCAACACGUACAGUGCUCUGCCACCUAUGCCCAGCUUCACCAUGGCAAACAACCUGCCUAUGCAACCCCCAGUCCCCAGCCAGACCUCUUCAUACUCCUGCAUGCUACCCACCAGCCCUUCGGUAAACGGGCGGAGUUAUGAUACCUACACCCCUCCGCACAUGCAAACACACAUGAACAGUCAGCCCAUGGGCACCUCGGGGACCACUUCAACAGGACUCAUUUCCCCUGGAGUGUCAGUUCCUGUCCAAGUUCCUGGAAGUGAACCUGACAUGUCUCAGUACUGGCCCCGAUUACAGUAAAGAGAGAGCAUGAUCAAGAGAGAAAAUUGUGUUCACUCAGUCAGUGACUAUGUGGACACAGCAGUUGGGUGUUCAGGAAAGAAAGAGAAAUGGCUGUUAGAAGCACUUCACUUUGCAACUGUGUCCUGUAUUGGAGCCCAGGAAUGGACUAGAAACAAGGACCUUUGCAUACAGAAGGCAUGGUGUCAGUUGGAACAAAUCUUCAUUUUGGUAUCCAAACUUUUAUUAAUUUUGGUGUAUUAUUUGUAAAGGGGUAUUUGUAUGUUAUAAGGAAGAAAAGAACAACACAGGCUGGUGGACCUUGGAUCUGUGUUGGCUCAUGUGGUUGUUUAAAGGAAACAACGAUUGACAAGAUUUGCCAUGGAGUUAAGAGUUUUAUCAAGAUAUAUCGAAUACUUCUACCCAUCUGUUCAUAGUUUAUGGACUGAUGUUCCAAGUUUGUAUCAUUCCUUUGCAUAUAAUUAAACCUGGAACAACACACACUAGAUAUAUGUAAGAAAUAUCUGUUGGUUUUCCAAAGGUUGUUAACAGAUGAAGUUUAUGUGCAAAAAAGGGUAAGAUAUAAAUUCAAGGAGAAGUUGAUAGCUAAAAGGUAGAGUGUGUCUUCGAUAUAAUCCAAUUUGUUUUAUGUCAAAAUGUAAGUAUUUGUCUUCCCUAGAAAUCCUCAGAAUGAUUUCUAUAAUAAAGUUAAUUUCAUUUAUAUUUGACAAGAAUACUCUAUAGAUGUUUUAUACACAUUUUCAUGCAAUCAUUUGUUUCUUUCUUGGCCAGCAAAAGUUAAUUGUUCUUAGAUAUAGCUGUAUUACUGUUCACAGUCCAAUCAUUUUGUGCAUCUAGAAUUCAUUCCUAAUCAAUUAAAAGUGCUUGCAAGAGUUUUAAACCUAAGUGUUUUGCAGUUGUUCACGAAUACAUAUCAAAAUUAACCAUUGUUGAUUGUAAAAAUCAUGCCAAAGCCUUUGUAUUUUCUUUAUUACACUAUUUUCUUUUUAACCUUA